AUGAACGAAGCGCCUCCUGUCCCCCUGGAAGACAGACUCGCAAAAGACCUGUCGCCCACAGAGCUGAGAGAACUGCUAAAUCGUGCGCAACAACGAGAGUCAGAGAGCACCUCGAUCAAGACCGAAGACGAAGCCACUACUGGAGUCAAGCGCGAGAGGACCAUCGAUGAUGACGACGAUGUGACCUAUGUCGAGACGCGACAGCGCAAACGUCUGCACGCGGAGCAAGAAAUCAUUGUGUUAGACUGA